CAGAUUUUCUACGCAUGAGCAACAAAUUUUAAGAUGGCGAUGGUUAGCUGGGGAAUAUUUGGUCCUCUAAGUCAGAUCCGUCAGUGCCUUCGUAGAGGCUACAGCGCCGGAUCAGCUUUUCAAUAUAUACUUGUGGAGAGAAAGGGGCAGCAUCAUAAUGUUGGAUUGAUCCGUCUGAACCGACCAAAGGCUUUGAAUGCACUGUGUGAUGGAUUGAUGACAGAGAUCAAUCAGGCAUUGGAUACUUUUGAAGAAGACCCAAACAUUGGUGCUAUUGUUAUUACUGGUAGUGAAAGGGCAUUUGCUGCUGGGGCAGAUAUAAAAGAAAUGCAGAACAGGAGUUUCCAGGAGUGCUAUGGUGGUAACUUCCUCUCUCAUUGGAACCGUGUGUCCUUUGUCAAGAAGCCAGUUAUUGCUGCUGUUAACGGAUAUGCGCUUGGAGGAGGGUGUGAACUUGCCAUGAUGUGCGACAUCAUAUAUGCUGGAGAGAAGGCAGAAUUUGGACAGCCAGAGAUACUGCUAGGUACCAUCCCAGGUGCAGGUGGAACUCAGAGGCUCACAAGGGCUGUUGGCAAGUCCCUGGCAAUGGAAAUGGUACUUAGCGGUGACCGCAUUUCUGCUCAGGAAGCCCAACAAGCAGGGCUUGUGAGCAAAGUUUACCCUGUGGAUAGCGUAGUAGAUCAGGCUAUUAUCUGUGGAGAGAAGAUUGCUAGAAACUCCAAGCUUAUUGUGUCAAUUGCAAAGGAGGCUGUCAGUGCAGCUUUUGAGCUGUCUUUGGCAGAAGGCAACAGACUUGAGAAAAGGCUAUUUCAUUCUACGUUUGCUACAGAGGACCGUAAAGAAGGAAUGACAGCUUUUGUGGAGAAGAGAAAAGCAAACUUCACAGAUAAAUAAAAAUUCAACUGAUCUCUGUUUCUACAACUGAGCACGCAGAUAUUUAUAGCAAAUAUCUGCAUAAAUCACUGAAAAAUUUUCACUAGGAUCAAAACAACAUAUUUUUCCUAAAAAUUUACCCAUUACACAUUACGUGGUUGAUGUUCUUAAUAGCUGACGGUUUAUUGGGAAAAUGACAGCAAAUUCUAUGUGGGAAAAAUUCAGAUUUUUUUCUUCAAUAAAAGACUAAGCAAUAUUUAUACAUUUAAUUUUGUCAUGAUUUUAUUAAGAUUUAUUGUUAAAGUACUUCUUAGUACACAAUGCAUUACCAAACCCCAGGGUAGUUACAGGAUUCCUGUCUAGACUUAGGGGCCUAUUUAUUAUGCUGUUUAAAAUGAAAUUCGCCAAAAAACGGUGUAAAAAGCUGUGUACAAUAAAUGGAGAAGUUGCCGUC